AUGAAGGGACAGCGCAAAGGGAAAAAUUGCCCAGAUGGAAGGCAGCACUUUGGAGACCUGAAGAGAUUAGCACUCGUGAGUAAGGAUAUACUAAAAGGAGCUUUAUCAAGCGAAGAAGUCAAAAAGCUAGCAACUCAGUGACAAGAUCAAAUAUUAAGUGUAGCAGAACUUGCAAAAAGACCAAAC